GGCAGGGAAAGUGUACUCAGGACUUUUGGCUCUGUGAUCUGCUGCACCUGUAACAGGGAACAGUUUCUUUGGAGGAAAUCACAGAUCAAGGAAAAGCACCAGUUUCAACUUGCACCUGAUAGAAAUAAGUGAAUCAAAGUUAUAUAUUAUACAAGACGGAGAGGGGCGAAGGAGGUUUAUCAUUAACCUGAAGUCUGCAAACGAAAUAUAAGAAGAGGAGAAAGGAGGGAACCAGAAAAGCAGGCAGAAUGGAUUCCUCCUACAAGAUCAAUAAUCCUGCAGACAUCUCUGUCAUAGUCACCUAUUUUGUGGUAGUCCUGGCAGUGGGAUUAUGGGCUAUGUACUCAACCAACCGAGGGACAGUGGGUGGAUUCUUCUUGGCAGGGAGGAGCAUGGUGUGGUGGCCGAUUGGUGCUUCUCUGUUUGCCAGUAACAUUGGCAGCGGGCAUUUUGUGGGCCUGGCAGGAACAGGAGCAGCUGGUGGAAUUGCCACGGGAGGAUUCGAGUGGAAUGCCCUGAUAUUUGUGGUCGUUCUUGGCUGGGUGUUUGUACCCAUCUACAUCAAGGCUGGGGUGGUGACAAUGCCAGAGUACCUCAGGAAGCGAUUUGGUGGCAAACGGAUUCAAGUCUACCUGUCGGUGCUUUCUUUGCUCCUUUAUAUUUUCACCAAGAUCUCGGCUGAUAUCUUCUCUGGGGCUAUAUUUAUCCAGCUGGCCAUGGGCCUAAACAUUUAUUUGGCUAUAAUUAUACUGCUGGCCAUUACUGGUCUUUAUACCAUCACAGGUGGCCUUGCAGCUGUGAUUUACACAGACACCUUGCAGACCUUCAUCAUGCUGGUGGGGUCCUUCAUUCUCAUGGGAUUUGCGUUUGACAAAGUAGGAGGCUACAAUGCUUUUGUUGAGAAAUACAUGAAUGCAAUUCCAACCAACGUCACAUACACAAAUGGUACCCUUAACCCAAAGUGCUACACCCCUCGGGCAGAUUCCUUCCACAUCUUCCGAGAUCCCAUUACUGGAGACCUGCCAUGGCCAGGGCUUGUCUUUGGUUUGAGCAUCCUUGCUUUGUGGUACUGGUGCACAGAUCAGGUUAUUGUCCAGAGAUGUCUCUCCGGCAAGAACAUGUCCCAUGUAAAGGCUGGCUGUAUCAUGUGUGGGUACCUGAAGCUGCUGCCCAUGUUCCUGAUGGUGAUGCCUGGGAUGAUCAGUCGGAUUUUGUACACAGAUGUGGUGGCUUGUGUUGUGCCCUCCGAAUGUCAGCGUUACUGUGGCACCUCUGUCGGCUGUACCAACAUUGCUUAUCCAAAAAUGGUGGUGGAACUUAUGCCAAACGGUUUGCGAGGUCUGAUGUUGUCAGUCAUGCUGGCCUCUCUCAUGAGCUCCUUGACUUCCAUUUUUAACAGCGCUAGCACUCUGUUCACCAUGGAUAUCUACACCAAAAUACGAAAGCAGGCAUCUGAGAAGGAGCUCAUGUUAGCUGGAAGGAUAUUCAUCUUAGUUUUAAUUGGAGUCAGCAUUGCUUGGGUUCCUGUGGUGCAGUCAGCUCAAAGUGGACAGCUCUUUGAUUAUAUCCAGUCUAUCACCAGCUACCUGGGGCCACCCAUUGCUGCUGUCUUCCUGCUUGCUGUCUUUUGCAAGAGGGUCAAUGAGGAGGGAGCCUUUUGGGGCUUGGUCAUUGGGCUGGUGAUUGGACUGGCUCGGAUGCUUACGGAGUUUGGCUAUGGAACUGGCAGUUGUAUAAACCCCAGCGUCUGUCCAUAUAUCAUUUGUGGAAUUCACUAUCUUUACUUUGCCAUGAUCCUGUUUGGGAUAUCCAUCAUCAUCAUUCUGGGGGUCUCCCUGAUUACAAAGCCCAUUCCGGAUGUGCAUCUCUACCGCUUGUGCUGGACUCUGAGGAACAGCAAGGAGGAACGUAUCGACCUGGAUGCAGAUGAGAAGAAGGACAAUCCUAGCGAAGAUGAAAUGUCAGUUGCAGAAGGAGGUGAUGAAGAGCAGGGAUGCAUGAAGAAGGCCUACAACUGGUUCUGUGGUUUAGAUCAGCAAAAAGGGCCCAAAAUGAGCAAGGAAGAGGAGGAAGCAAUGCAGAAGAAACUGACGGACACUUCGGAGGUGCCACUAUGGAGAAAUGUUGUGAACAUCAAUGGCGUCAUCCUACUGGCUGUGGCUGUCUUUUGUCAUGCCUUUUUUGCAUAAAUGCUGCUUCACACUCCACAGAGUUUUUAUGAAGGUCUAACACAAGUCCCUUUUCCUUUUGAAGUUGCACAGUGUUGUUAAAAAAAUGAAACUGAUUUGUAAAUUGUAAAGAGUUAGUUAGACUUAUUGUAUGUGUCACCAGAGUUUCUACAGAUUAAGGUGAUUUAUUCAUUGGUUUUGCAGCCAUAAUUUAACAAUUUGUUGGCUAAAAACUGGAAGUACUGAGUUUUUCAAGAGGGCAGAACCUCAGCCUAAUACAUCAGGGGAGAUGGUAUUUAGGAGGCUUCUUUUCUCACAGAAUACAUUUCAUGCCUUGCUUCAGAGCGUAGGAACCAGGGCAGCAUGAGCCAUGUGGAAUUCCAGGUUUCGUGAGCUUUAUUCUUGUUUUUUGAGGGCUGGUGGAGCUGACUUGAUUCCUGUGCCACUUUCCUGUACUUCAGUGGUUCUCAAGUUGUGGUCCGUGGACCGUUGAGUGUCCACAGACUGUCUAACGGGUCCAUGAAAUAUGACGAUGGUCAAUCAAUAUCCACAUUUACAAUUCAAUGAGGGCUUCACCUCUGUAUGACAUUUUUUUAGGUGCCCACAAAGGAAAAAAGGUUGAAAACCACUGCUGUCCAUCAAAUCUGUUUUUCCCUCCCUUCCCAAGUCGAUUGAAAAAACAAAGCAUAGCUACAUGAAGGCUUGCACUAUAUAGAUCCAGGAUAAAUGAGUCCCUAAACAUAGUGAGUGCCCUCUGGGUGAUAUUUGUAUUGAUGUUAUUUGUUUGGGACUGUAUCUGUUCUUGCACUAGAAUGUUUCUCUCAUUUCACUCUAUUCCAUAUGUUGCAUUAUUUUUUUCUUUCUCUGCUCCUUUUUCAUUGUAUCUUCCCAGUGGAAUGUCAGGAAAAUAGAAACAUCAGAGUGUAACUUUUCUACUCACUGUUUGAGUGGAUCUGAAAUUAGGCAAUACAAGUCUAACUAGCCCUAAGAAGAACUGUGCUUACAACUGAUUCAUUCUUCAAGAUUAACAUUAAGAGCUCCCACAUAUUAACUUUAAUAUGUGCCUAUACUUGAAUUGGAAGCCUUAUUUAUCAGAGAUUCCUAUUGGUUCUGCUUCCCUAGCAUGAUAUACCAAAGAUAACCUCUGUUCACAUUGAAGAGGUCUGACUCCUCAUCCCCAGUAUCUUAAUAAAUUCAAGAAAAUUUAGGGGGUCUGACUUCCUUAUUAAGGAGGGUGUUAAUACACACUUUAAUCCCCCCUCUUAGUGUAUUUACCAGCUGGUAAAUAUAUGUAUUUAUGAAGGCUUGUAAGUAUUAAAAUGUUUUUAAUGUAUUUGGUGUCCACUAAGUCCAUGUUUUUUGUGUAGCCCUAUAGAAAAUAUAAAAACCAAAACGUC